AUGGGUUUGACCCCGAUGGGCUCCCAGCUCCGCUCACUUUACCUGCUCCCUUUCCUAGUGUCAGGCAUUGGGAGCCAUCCCAAUGAGGGGUCUGCAGCAGCUGGACAGACGCACCUUUAUUCGGUGAGCCAGUUGGACUCUGAUCUCCCACAAGGCAUUGCUGACGAUGAGUCUGAACCGGUAACAUUGGAGGAUGAUUCAUUGCAUCAACUUGAAGAUUUGCCAUUUCUCUUCCCUGUGCCAGAGGUUGCCCCAUCAGACUAUUCCGAUGUGGUUUGGUGGUUUACAUCCUGUGGAGCCAGUGGUCCCAAUGGCCCCACUCAGGCCCAGUGUGACAACGCCUACCGCCACACUAACGUCUCUGUGGUUCUACAAUCGGAGGGCCCCCUCAAGGGCAUCCAGAUCUGGCAGAUACCUGCCACCAGCAAAUACAUGAUGUCUGCCUAUGGAGCUGCUGGAGGAAAAGGAGCCCGGAACAGCAAUAAGAGGUCCCAUGGAAUUUUUAUUUCGGCCAUCUUUCAUCUGGAGAAGGAUGAUCUACUUUAUAUCCUCAUUGGACAGCAAGGAGAAGAUGCCUGCCCAGGGAAAGACGAAAUGACUCAGAAGAUCUGCUUGGGAGAAUCCUCCAUCAUUGAAGAUGAAUAUGAAGCUAAUAAUGCCAUGUCAGAAUGGGCCGGAGGAGGAGGUGGUGGUGGAGGGGCAACUUAUAUCUUCAAGAUGGAGAAUGGUGUUUCAGUGCCACUGUUGAUUGCUGCAGGAGGUGGUGGUAAAGCGUAUUUGGAGGACCCAGAUGCCGUAAUGGACGAUCUGAUGGUGGAACAGUAUGAAAAUGAUACAUCAGUGCCUGGAUACAAUGGACAACUGGGGGCAGCAGGUGGAGGUGGAGGUUGGAAUGACAUUACCAAGCAUUCUUGGGCAGGAAAGUCCCUGAUGGAAGGUGCACUUGGGGGCCGUGCAUGCCCUAAGGCUCUGAAGAAGCUGAAGUGGGCAACACACGGAGGCUUUGGAGGGGGUGGUGGGGCUUGUACAUCGGGAGGAGGAGGUGGUGGAUACAGAGGGGGUGAUGCGUCAUUAGCUGAUGGGAUCAGCGCGGAUGGCUAUAACGGAAUUUCAUUUGUCCAUCAGGCCGGAGAGAUCUACCUUCACCCAUUGGCAGGCAUGGAAAGUCACGGGGAAGCUGAAAUUCGGAUCCAUAUCAACUGUAGCCAUUGUGAGUCAGACAACUGUGUACGGGACCAAGAGGCCAAGAAGAUAGUGUGUCUGUGCCUGGGUGGGAAAGUUUUAGCCAAAGAUAAUGUUACCUGUACAGUUGAUGCACAGAAGGUGGCAGCAGAAGCAGCCAACCAGCAGGGGCCAGGCUGCAUGACAGAGACAGUUCUGGCCGUCAUGGAAAGGGCCUGUGGCCAGUCAGGCACUGGCCAGAGUGAGGUUAAAACCAGGGUAUGGCAGUUUAUUCCUACUUAA